UCGGUUCUUUCCAAUUACCAAUUGACGACAAUUUCGUUGCUUGUUGCAGGCCUUGUAGGCUCUACUUUGACCUGGAGCCUACCGGUAAAUCGUUUUCACAGUCGAUCUAUUACUCGGUUUAGCUACGAGGACUCACAGCUUGAAACUAAAACUGCUUCGGGAGGGUCAAACUUGGUUUGCGGUGCUAUGUGUUUAGCCUCUAGUGUGAAUUGCACUGGCUUUAAAUUUGAUGGGAAUCGAUGUCACUUAUUGAGGAGCUGGAGUUUUGCCUCAGAAUCGAAUCCUUCCGUGGACGCAAUCAAAGUUCAUGAAAUGAACGUGUCAGCUUGGUCCAAAUUCAUGAUAAUUGGCGGAAGAGCAACGGGAUUUUCGCCCUCCGCUGAUGUUGAAGUUAUUGAUAUGGCCAAUGAAAAACAUUGUCCCAUUCAACCGUCGUUACCUACUGUGCGAUUUGGCAUGUCAUCAUUUGUCCUAGGGAGCAAGCUUUUGACCAUUGGUGGAAUUGGAAACGAAGUAGACAUUACCUCUUACAACUAUGAGAACCGUUCGUGGGAGUCCAUUGGAACUGUGGGUGCGGAAUGGUCAGAUUAUUCAAUAGCCCAGAUCCAAGACUCAUGGAUCCUUCUCAUGGGCGGAUACUAUGGAGUUGACGCCACAGGGACGACUAUUAUCCUCAAUGCCAAUGGUUCCAUGAUCCCAGGCCCAGAUCUCCCCGAGGCAAAUGACGGGUUUUGCGCGUGUGGUUUGGAUGAUAAUCAUAUUUUUAUCGCCGGAGGCAAGGAUUUGGACGGUUCACACUCACGAACGUCGUACGUUUUGGAUUGGGCCAGUCAACAAUGGACUAAUCUAGAUCCCAUGGCCUUACCGAGAUAUUAUGUGGAGUGUGGAACGUUCUUGAGUACCAAUCAGGAACUGAGCGUCUUAGUCGUGGGAGGACUUCGAAACAAUAUGUCCAUCGGUCCUCAUACGGAGAUUUUCAAUUGGCCCCAACGAACGUGGAGAGAUGGUCCGGAUUUCGCUUACCCGAAUAUAUUUUUGAGCCGCAUGACGAACUUUGACGGAAAACUUUUCGUGUUUGGAGGAUAUGAUGAUACAAGCGCCACGUUUUUGUCGAGUAUCUACAAGUUCAUCCCAAAGAAGGAGUCUUGGGUGAUAUUCCCUUUAGAAUUGAACAUUGCCCGUCGAGAUUUUGGCAUCAUGAAGAUUCCCGAGGGAAUUAUCGAUUGCUAAUAAGUCUUCAAAAUUUCCAAUUCGUUUUCCACUGGAUUUUUGACAAUGGUUUAGAUAGAGCGUCAAAUAUAGGCAGCUAUUAUUUUCAGCAUG